AUGACCAAAUCCACUUUGUCGAAAACUGUGCAGUCUAUUUCCGUUUCCGGUGAUAAGCUGCAGCCUUCUGAAACUUGGGUUGGACUGACAGACCCAGAUGAAAGGCGUCGGCGGCAAAAUCGGAUCAACCAAAGAGCAUACCGUAUGCGAAAGCGACUCGGAGUAAAAAAAGAUAACUCCAGCACCUCGGUGAAAUUCACUAGUUCGACCUCCUCUAUCCCACCACAGGAUACAGCCUCACUACAAAGCGACUCACCAAAACCCACUCUAUGCCGCAGCUCGAAAUUUUUAGAUCUCCUUCUUGAGCAACUUGCACAAUCAGCGUAUCAAAGCUACGUCCAGGGAGAUCCGAGGACCACCCACUUCCUGACAUUGGCUAGGGUUAACAUCUUCCGGGCAUUCAUGCAUAACAUGAAACUAAUCGGCUGGUCGCCGAAUUGGAUAGACAGAAACACCGUCUCCAAUUUUAGUAUCAUUUUACCGCAAAAGAAUGCCACACUGGACGAUUGCAGCCACAUUCCGUUCAACCUUCGACCAACUCGAGUUCAAAGAACGAUGCCCCACCACCCUUGGCUAGAUUUCUUUCCCUUACCCAAGAUGCGCGACAAUCUCAUCGAAGCUGGCAAAACUUGGAAUGAAGACGAACUCUGGAAUGAUAUCAUGGGAUUUUGGGACGUUUCGAAUCUCGACGCUGGGCUACUGGUGUGGGGAGAGCCCUGGGAUGUGCGAAACUGGGAGGUGACAGAGCCUUUCUUGAAGAAAUGGCAAUGGGUUCUUCGGAAUUGUCCUGAAUUGAUGCAGUCGACGAAUUAUUGGCGUACGAGACGGGGGGAGCAGCUGAUAUUCCGUUAUAUUUGA